GUGCAGGCGGACUGGUAUCAUUAAAAAGGCAUUCAGCCUUUACAGCUUGGCACUUUUGAUGGUCUUCAUCAUGGUGGUCGGUUGGGUCCAUAUAAGGAUAAGGCUACUGUUAGCCAGCUUCCUCUUUCUCUCUGUCUAUGGACAAACCUCAGGACCAUAUUUCAUGGUGACAUUUCCUGCAGUAAUAGAGUCUGGCUCUGAUGCAAAGUUCUGUAUGAGUCUUCUGAAGCCUAAUGAGACUCUACAAAUGAACAUUUAUCUGGUUCACAACAACCAGAGCAGAACUCUUUUACAAGAGACAGUGGAAAAGGAGAUUCACCACUGCUCUCAUUUUGAGGCUCCACAGGUUGAGGGUGAAUCAGUGCAGGAGAUCAAAGUAGAAGUCAAAGGUGAAAGUUUUAAGAUGACAGAGAAAAGGAAAGUGAUGUUUAAAUCCUACAACACACUGGUAUUUAUUCAGACUGAUAAACCCAUCUACAAUCCAGGCCAAACAGUGAAUUUCAGAAUUGUCUCUAUGGAUUCUAAUUUCAUCCCAUUUGAACAAAAAUACAGCACAGUGAGUCUUCAGGAUAAUCAUCAGAACAGGAUUGGUCAGUGGACAAAUGUGUCCUCGAGAGGUCUGAUACUGCAGCUUUCUCAUGAGCUAAAUCCUGAAGCUCCACAAGGACGUUAUCAGUUAAUCGCUGACACUGGAAAUAGGUUGAUCACACACCAAUUUAAGGUGGAAAAGCAUGUUUUACCAAAGUUCGAGGUCACAGUAAAAGCACCAGAAGAACACAGUGUCGGUGAGGAGGAACUGAAGCUAGAAGUUUGUGGAAAGUACACUUAUGGACAACCAGUACCUGGUAAAGCAGUGGUGCAGGUGUGCCGGAAAUUUAGGCAGCACUAUCAUGAGGCACCAAUGAUUUCACCCUGUCUGAGUGAAACUGUGGAGGUAUGUAUAUAUCACACUGUUAAUGGACAAUCAUUACUCUCUCUCUCUCACUCACUAAUAAAGUAAUUCUCCCCAUUUGUUUUUGGGUGUUCCCCAUA